UUGUGACCGGUCGGAGCCGAAAUACUUUAAAAACAUAAAGAUGUUUGGCCAGUACCAGUACAUUGCGACAAUGUCGCAUCUGAGUAAUCCUUUAGAAAGACUUGAAUUUUCUUUUCUUUUCAGUUUGUCGUCAUUAAAGCUGAAACUUUGCGAUGCAGGUGUCGGAGAUGCGAUAUGCUUUACCAAGGCAUGCGUGCGGGUUGUUACGAUGUCUUCUGAGAUGUAUGCCUUCACAGAGAUUUUUGACAAAGGACAUCGGAUUCUAUUGGAGUACAUAACACAGGAUAAAAAACCCAUGGGAACUGAUCUCCAUUUACUACAAAAACUUAUUUCCUUUACUUCGAAUUUGAAAGAUGCAAGCAAAGCACUGCAGAGUGCAUCCGGAGGAUCAGGAGGAAAAGAGAGAGAGACAGAGUGGUCAGAGAGACUUGCUGUCCAUUUCUUUUUACCUCUAUCACUGGCACAGGACUGUGUUCUGGACAUUAGUAAUGAUAAAGUCUUGGAGUGCCCAUGUUCCUGUAAAUUUCCUAUAAUGUAUGGCGACACAUCAAUUGGUCAUCCUAAAACCUGGUUUGGAAAUUUUGACAUAGUAAUCAGGAAAGCUUCAAGCCCACAAGAAAGAAAUAAAAGACCAAAACUUGAAACUGAAGUACACAUAGCAGCUACUGUAAUUCCUGAGGAGUUCUCUCAAGAUCCCGAGUCAUUACAAGAUGAGAGUUCAGAGGAUGACCUAACAGAGUUUGAUAGUCUUCAAAAGUAUUUUUCACAAACUGUGGCUCAAAGCAUAGUUUUUUCAUUCUAUCAGAAGAAAUGUAAUCAAGCUGUAAAUAUUGUGCCAUUCAUUGCAGUGAGCAAAACUCAUGUGCAGUUUCAUUUUUAUGACUGUGAAAAGGACCUAUAUUUUUUGAGUCAGGAAAUGCCGUUAUUCGCUGGUGAUUGUGAUGAAUUACUUAUGGAAACAGUUAUUGCAACAUGGUUAGUUAUAAACUACAGAUAUCUGUUGUCAGGACCUACAGAAGAAAUGGUUAGGGGUGAAAAAUUUGGUUUCCAUUCAAAUGUUUCAGAUGAAGCUCUGAAUCUGUACAGAAAUGAAAUUAAAAUGGGUAUAACAAAGCUAAAAACUAAAGAUUUUGAUGUUAGAAAUGCAUUAUGGCGUCAGGGUGUUUUUCUGAAUGCAAGUGACACUGUAAAACGUAAAAAAAAAUUUGGAAAGGAAAAGAGUUGAAAACUGAAGAUUUUGUAAUUUAGGUUUACAUAUUUGUUCUAAUGUAUCUUGCUGACUAAUUAUCAAGAAAAAUCAACAUACAAUGUAUUUUAGUAUAGUGACUUGCUACUUUUAGUAUUCAUUAUAUUAUUUUUCUUCUAAAAAGCUAUAAUGUUUGUUAGGAGAUAAAAUAUGUGGCAUUUUUAAUUUAUCGAUUGUUUUCCUUAAGACCUAUAAAACUUCAAUAAAAGCAGGUGAAAACAAUUA